AUGCCUCCCCGGAAGAGUGACGCCGCGCGGCGCAGUGAUGUGUCAACGGCGACGUUUGCCCUGAUUGACGAACCAGCGCCGGCGACACCCAACGGCAGUUUUGUUGCCGCGAAUUCGAAAGCGACGACCACGAGCCACAAGAAGCAGGCCCAGCAGCCUGCCGCAUCGGAAUCGAAUACCGAGAGUCGCACCGAUGCGCCCGCAGACAAGGAGAAGAGCGCCUCAAGAGAAAGCGGUGCGGUGACAGUCGAGGAUCUCGCCCUCCCGAAAUCCAUCAUUACGCGGUUAUCGAAAGGCGUGCUCCCUUCCAACACGCAAAUACAAGCCAAUGCGAUCCUCGCGAUGAGCAAAAGUGCAACCAUUUUCAUCAACUACCUUGCCGACGCUGCCAACGACCAUACCAUUGGCAAUGGGAAGAAGACGAUCAUGCCUGCGGACGUGUUUGCCGCGCUGGAGGACACCGAGUUUGGCUUUUUCCGGGAGCGGUUAGAGGCAGAAUACGCAAAAUUCAAUGAGACGCAGACCAGCAAGCGCAACACGUACCGGCAAAAACUGGCAGCCAAGAAGGCCGGCACUUCUGGCACGGGUACCGGGGACUCGCAGGACCCGGAUGCUUCGACCGUGUCUGCCGCGGCUGAUGCAGAUACCUCUGGCGUACCCCGAUCCAAGAAGCACAAGCCCAAUGGUCCCGACGACUCGCAGAUGGACGUCGAUCAGGAUGCCACUGAGGAGUUCCACGACGCCACAGACGCAGAGUCGGAGCCCGACAAGGGAGAGGACGAUGACGAGGAUGACGAGGAGGAGGAGGAGGAGGAGGAGGAGGAUGCCGCGGAGGAAGACGAGGAUGAUGACGAUGAUGACGAGCAAGAAAUGCACGAUGCUCUAGAAGAGAGGGAGCCAGAGGACGAGCAGGACGAGGCGUUGGAUGACGGCGCAGAGAGCGAAUAA